AUGAAAUCCAAUUUGAUGUCUGCUGCUCUUGUUCUUUGCAUUGCUACACUUGCUUCGGUUUAUGCAUCCCCAAAUCCUUCUUGUAGGCAAUAUAACGUUGAGCGUAAAAUUUGUAUUAAAAAUUCUGACAAUGUUUCCACAAAGGAUUGCAUAUGUAAUUCUGAAAAAUUAAAUACAUUAUAUAAUGAAUGCCAUGGAUCUAAUGUCGAUCCUGAACAAUUCUUCAUAAACGAACUCUGUAACAUUAAUUCUGUCAACUUAAUGAAGAGGUGGACACCAAACUUUUAUUCAAACGAACCUGAUUCGACUAUUGAACAAGAACAAGUUACACGUAAAAUAGCACCUAAAACACCAGUUUUAAAUAAAGGAGCCCCUAAAGAAGAGCUCCCAAAGAACAAGAAAAAGAUAAAGCACAUAAAAAAGAAGCGCCUAAAAAAGGAGCACCAAAGAACAGGAAUGAGAAGAUAA